UGAGAAUAAAGUCAGAUGCAGUAAAUCUCGUAGUUCAGUGCUGCCCAUGAAGUCAGUGAGUGCCAAAGAAGUCAUGGAUUAAAGAAGAAAGUUAAGAGGGUUUCAACAAUAUAAUGUUGUUUAAGUUGUUUUGGAUAGUUUUAUAUGUCUGAUCAGUCCGAUGGAAGGUACCAGAAUGAGGAGGAUUAUCAGUGGAGGGGUUGACCACUGUCUUGCUCACUCUAGUCAUCCAUUUAAAUUUUUGCAUGCACUUCCAUGGUGUGCUUUGCUCUCUGAACUGUACACUGAGCAGAAAGAGUCCAUUGAAACGUGUUGCCCCACGUGUCUUAUAAGGAGCAAUAGGUAUCAGCAAUUUGAGGAGAAAAAUCUCCCCAACCAACUUCUGCCUGUAGAUUCAGAUGGUUGUAAAUAAAUGUACUCAAUGUUUAUCCCCAAGAACUGAAAAAUGACAGCCAAAAGGAAGGAUGGAAAUACCUCUUCUGAAGUAGAUUCUAUCUAGCACCCAUGAAGUACAUUUGUAAGCCACCGAGGUUUUGAGGUGAGAGCAAAAACCCUUCCUGUGAGCCAAACAUGGGGGUAAUUGUGCCAGUUCUACUCUGGAGUAGCUCUGUGUGGCCCUGAGACUGGCCUGUGACUUGCGGAGUUAAUGAUUACCCCAGCAGUUCUCUAAAACUCCUCGGUUCCAGGUGCUGCAGGCAGUUCACCUGCAGAGGAGUCUCCAGGAACCAACAUGUUCCCUUGGCUCUUUGGGGCUGGACUGGUGGUUCUGAACCUAGUGACCUCUGCUAGGAGCCAAAAGACAGAACCCCUUAGUGGCUCUGGGGACCAGCCACUCUUCCGGGGAGCAGAUCGACAUGACUUUGCCAUCAUGAUCCCUCCAGGAGGCACAGAAUGCUUUUGGCAAUUUGCCCAGGACACUGGAUACUUCUAUUUCAGUUAUGAGGUGCAGCGGACCCUGGGAAUGUCACAUGACCGGCAUGUCACUGCCACUGCAUAUACCCCACAAGGCUUCCUCAUAGAAAACUCUCAGGACGUCCGGGGCCAGAUUAACUUCUUUACUCAAGAGACAGGUUUUUAUCAACUUUGUCUCAAAAAUCAGCAAAAUCACUUUGGUUCUGUGCAAGUGUACCUCAAUUUUGGAGUCUUCUAUGAGGGGCCUGAAAUGGACCACAAACAGAAUGAAAGAAAACAACUGAAUGACACUCUGGAUGCAAUUGAGGUAAGUACACGGAAGGUACAGAACAACAUCUUUCACAUGUGGCGAUACUACAACUUUGCCCGCAUGAGGAAAAUGGCUGACUUUUUCCUUCUCCAGUCAAACUAUAACUAUGUGAACUGGUGGUCAACAGCCCAGAGCCUUGUUAUUGUUCUUUCUGGGAUCCUGCAGCUGUAUUUCUUAAAGCGUCUCUUCAAUGUCCCAAUGACUACAGACACCAAGAAGCCAAGAUGCUGAGCUAAAAUGACGACAGUGCCCUGGCUCUUUUCUUCUGGGGCAGAAAUUUGGUCAAAGCUUUGGUGAAAUCAGCUUUGUAAAGUCCUUGGGGAAAAAACCAACUUCCCCUCUUAGAAAGACUUAGUCUGUUGCUCUCAUCUACACAGGCAAAUGGCAAUAAAGGAAUAA